CCCUCCUCCGUGUCGAGGCGGUCGAGAGAGAAGCGCCUGCCCCUGCAGGAACACCGGCCCGGGAUCCCCGUCCCCGUCCGUACCAUUUCGAGUCACUGGCUUGGACUGGCCUGAUAGCGAGUCUCGAAAACCCGUAGCUCGUUUACCAUCCACCACGUAUUGACGUUUCGUCCGCGAACCGACCACUCGUUUCGUUCGACCAUGCUCGCGUCGAUCGUAGCCGAAAGCCUGCGACUCUGCGGUGCCCUCGAGUGUUAGUGACGCCAACGUGAUCCUCGAGCAUCGUUCGCGCGUGUGAAUCGGUUUCUGGUGCGGACGAAAACUCGGAGUUCGUUUUCGAGCAACCUUGGGUUAUUCGUUGUUACGGACAGGACACGAUGCGGUGAUUCGUGAGAUCUGUUCUGGACAUUUCUGCUCCGUCUUGCAGUCCCUAUCUUUCGGGGAGCGGCUCAAGGAUGACAGGCACGCAACGGCGGAGGGAACAGUGGGAGUUCUGAGAGCGGUUUCCGUGAUGCGAGAGAAACUGGCUGGAACGAUGACCACGGGCGACCAGCGGGAAAUACCAUGACGGUGCAUCGUUGAAAGCAAAAACUGCGUGGAAAAGUCGAGCGGCGUGUAGUGUUUGAUCGCGCGUGAAAUCGAGAUGAGUUGGUCGACUCAAAGGGUGCCGGCACCCGUGAGCUGAACCAUCGUGACAUUUCGGACAAGACUCUUCUGGCGGUUUCGAUGACCGCGAAAGGAACGGUGAACGGUGCUAUCGCGCGUCCGCGUGCUAAAUCAGCGUACAGUGACAAAAUUAACUCACGUUAAUCAACGAAACGUCGACGGGUUACUUGUUCCGUAAAUGAGUGAAACGUGAGGGUCGAGGGAGUCUAUGAACUCAAUUCAUCAGUUCCGUAACUGUUUGUCGAUUCGCUUCGUUGCUUCGGAAGAUCGAGGUUGGAUCUGAAGAUCCCUCUUGCGGAAUGUGUACGACGGAAAUGACGGAAUCGUACACGAUGUCACCGUCAACGACGGUGUCUUCCAGCGCCACGACGCCAGGUUGCCUGGGAUCGCCUGCUCACCGACGGACACCUUGCAGAGGCUCUCCCGGUCGAGGCGACGCCCAGGACGACGAGGACGAGAUCUCCGUCGGUUGUCCGAGUCCUUUGCCCCUCGUGGUCGUCACUCCCAGCGCGGAAGAGGACGAAAGAUUGUCUCAAUCGAGGGAGGAGUACUCGGACAGACUCAGUCCGCGGAGGAGCUACCCGAGGGACUCGGUGAUCGACGACGACGACAGCUACUCCAGAAGCGGCGACUACAGGACGUCGAACGGCAGGAGCGGCGGUGAUUCCGUUACCACGUUGAGGGAGGACGAAGACGACGACGAGGAGGAUGACGAGGAGCUGAACAGCAGGACCAGCAGUAACGGAGCCUCGGCAGCCGGUGCCACGGACGACUACUUCAAGCCUCUGAAACGUCUGAAGAUGGUGCAGAUGCAGCACUCGGACGAAGAGGACGACAGGGACCGCGAGAGCAACGAGCGAGGGGUCAAGUCUUUCAGUAUUCUGGACAUUCUGUCGCACAGACCCAAGGCGAAGAUCGUGCGCCCCUGGGACACGGUCGAGUCGAACCUCAAUCACCAUCAUCAUCGUCACCAUCUUCAUCAGCAGCAGCAGCAGUCGCAUCAGCAUCACCACUUGCAUCAUCAUCAUCAUCACAAUCAUUCCACCGCGCCCAGGGACCUGUCCUUGAUGGGCAUGUCCUUGGCGUCCAUGUCUGGCUCCAUCAGCGAGCCGCCCCUCAGCAGUUCGUCCUCCUCCGGGAGAAGUUCCGUCUCCGAUUCCGGAAGUCCGGACCCUCUGGCUCAUCACCAUCACGGUCUCCACCACGGCAUACACCCUGGUCUCCAUCACGCGGCGUUGCAGCAGCAACAGCAGCAGCAGCAGCAACAGUUUAAAAGGAAAACCGCGCAGCAGCACAGCUCGCAGAGCGGACACCACGGGAAAAGGACGACGGGUCAGGGAAGUCCCCUGGACGCUUUGUUCCAAAUGACCAGCAAAACCUUCGACGCCGGCGAGCACAGUCAAGGUUGUUCAAUACCUGUGGUCACGUUGAGGGAGGACGAAGACGACGACGAGGAGGAUGACGAGGAGCUGAACAGCAGGACCAGCAGUAACGGAGCCUCGGCAGCCGGUGCCACGGACGACUACUUCAAGCCUCUGAAACGUCUGAAGAUGGUGCAGAUGCAGCACUCGGACGAAGAGGACGACAGGGACCGCGAGAGCAACGAGCGAGGGGUCAAGUCUUUCAGUAUUCUGGACAUUCUGUCGCACAGACCCAAGGCGAAGAUCGUGCGCCCCUGGGACACGGUCGAGUCGAACCUCAAUCACCAUCAUCAUCGUCACCAUCUUCAUCAGCAGCAGCAGCAGUCGCAUCAGCAUCACCACUUGCAUCAUCAUCAUCAUCACAAUCAUUCCACCGCGCCCAGGGACCUGUCCUUGAUGGGCAUGUCCUUGGCGUCCAUGUCUGGCUCCAUCAGCGAGCCGCCCCUCAGCAGUUCGUCCUCCUCCGGGAGAAGUUCCGUCUCCGAUUCCGGAAGUCCGGACCCUCUGGCUCAUCACCAUCACGGUCUCCACCACGGCAUACACCCUGGUCUCCAUCACGCGGCGUUGCAGCAGCAACAGCAGCAGCAGCAGCAACAGUUUAAAAGGAAAACCGCGCAGCAGCACAGCUCGCAGAGCGGACACCACGGGAAAAGGACGACGGGUCAGGGAAGUCCCCUGGACGCUUUGUUCCAAAUGACCAGCAAAACCUUCGACGCCGGCGAGCACAGUCAAGAGCAAGCGAACCAUCUGAACCUGUUCAACAACCGGCAACAACCGAAGAAGAAGCGCAAGAGCAGAACGGCCUUCACGAAUCAGCAGAUCUUCGAACUGGAGAAGCGAUUCCUAUACCAAAAGUACUUGAGCCCAACGGACAGGGACGAGAUCGCUGCUCAACUGGGUUUGAGCAACGCUCAGGUGAUCACCUGGUUCCAGAACCGAAGAGCGAAGUUGAAGAGGGACAUGGAGGAGUUGAAGAAGGACGUGCAAACGGUUAAUCCGUUGCUGGUCGCUCAACACCAUAAAACCUUCCUGGAGAACGUACAGGACCUUGGCAUCCUCAAGAAGCGACCUCUGCCCAAUAGCAUGGACGAGAAAUCGUAGGGAACUGAUUACCUUGAAGGUCAUCGUCUGAAAACAGCGUUUGUUCUUUGGAAUAAGAGGUUCUUCAAGGGUUAAACGAUAGAGGUCGAUCGGGGGAUUGUGAAAUGUUGCGAAGGUGUUCCUGAGUGGAUUUUGAGGAUUUUGGAGGUUUUGGGUACACUUGUGAGCACUUGUGAGCAUUGGGGGUACUGUAAAAAAUUUAGAUCUACAAGCCAUGAAUUUUUAAGCUUCCUUUAUUCCAAGUUUGUGGAUUACUAAUUUGUACAUUUUGGAAUUCCCAAAUCACCAAAUUCUCAAGCUUCCAAAUUC